AUGUUUUUCAAACCGGCCAAAUUAAGGAUUCCAAUCGUAGACCAUGGAUUACCAUGGCCUCCUCCAAGAAAGACGAUAUCUCAGGUUGGAACACUUGUAUCAGUGUACGCUGAAAAGUUCCACAUGUCAGAGUUAGGCCGGUUGAAAAGGAAGUCGGUCGUUGCGAUCGAUAUCUAUGAGGUUGGGACCAUGCAACUUUGUGCUUCAAUAGGCAUAACAGUUGUGGUUGUUGUAUCUUGA